GUUCAUUAUAUCCGUUCACCGGAACCGCAAAAAUCUCUCCCAGGUUUACAGCCGUCGGAAUAUAAUCUGAAAUUUCAAUACAACUAAACCAGUGAUGGAAUCUCAGAAAGUGUGGGUCAAUGACGUGAAUGAGGGCUAUUUGUUGGGCAGUAUCGUCGAUAUUGGCCCAAAUGGACCCACCGUUCACACCAUCAACAACAAGCAAAUCCAAUCGACAUACGAUGGAGUAUUUCCUGCCGAAGAUGACGAUAAUAAAGAAGUGGACGACAAUUGCGCUCUGAUGUUUCUGAAUGAGGCGACGCUUUUAAAUAACAUACGAUUGCGAUAUAAAAAGGAUAAGAUUUACACAUAUGUGGCGAAUAUCCUGAUAGCUGUGAACCCGUAUUUCGAAGUGAAAAACUUGUAUUCCUCGCCAACACUGAAGUCAUAUCAGGGAAAAUCGUUGGGAACAAUGUCUCCGCACGUCUUCGCCAUCGCCGAUAAAGCGUUUCGUGAUAUGAGAGCCACAAAACAGAGUCAAUCGAUAAUAGUUAGCGGCGAGAGUGGGGCCGGAAAGACAGAGUCCACCAAAUAUGUGCUCCGAUACCUAUGCGAGUCCUGGGGCUCACAGUCCGGACAGAUUGAACAACUCAUCCUCGACGUUGGACUUCUCAUCGAUUUGAUCUUCGAUUGCAGACCAGGAGCUCGUAUUACUGGGAGUCGAACCCCCAUCCUGUAG